UGUUUAUAAACAGGAUUUUAUUUCUCUACAUUAGGGUUAGGGGAUGCAACGACGAGACAAUGAUCCGCUUGGCAUGUUCAAGAAUUGGAAGCCAGAUCGAGUCCACAAAGCGGUGAUGGAGAAUUCCAGGAUCAGGGUGGGUGCCGCAGCGACUCAAGGUGCAAAACGUCGAAUGGAAGAUGUUUACACUGUGAUCCCCGACCUGGACGCCAAGAGCUCCUUCGUUGCGGUCUAUGAUGGCCACGGCGGCUGCGCGGCGGCGCGCUUCUGCGCCCAGAAUCUCCACAGGCACCUCGUCGCCAAUCCACACUACCAAAAGGGCGACUUUGCUUCUGGAUUCCGCCAGGUUUUCCUCGAGAUGGACGAGAAGAUGCAAACCAAGGCAGGAAUCCAGGAGCUGGAGAGGCUCGAGCGCGAAAACACAUCACCUUUGUAUUCCUGGAACAGUAUCACGGGAACAUCGCCUGGGUCUCACGGGACGACCGCAGUGGCCGUCUUGAUCCGCGAUGACAAGCUCGUUAUCGCUCACGCCGGCGAUAGCUAUUGCAUGAUCUGGCGAGACAACAAGGCGGUGCCAGUGACGAUCGAUCACAAUGUCCAGUCGCGGCCGGACGAUGCCGAGCGCGCGAGCAAGGCUGGUGCGGUCGUCAUGAAGAACAAGUGGAUCCAGCUGAAUGGUGUGAGCGUCGGGGGCGAGGUCGGCGCCAUUGGACUCCAGGUGACGCGAUCUCUGGGGGAUUUUCGAUGGAAGAGCAACGCUGGUUUGGGACGAGACGAGCAGGCGGUAGUGGCUCUGCCCGACAUUGUGGAAAUUGAUCUCCGGGAUGGGGGCUGCGAGUUUUUGGUGCUAGCGUCGGAUGGUGUGCCCCGGGAUUGCGUCGAGAGCAUUUGUCCCAGUGUCCACGAUUGGCUGGUUGAGCAAGAAGAAUCUAGGCACGGUGGUGAUGGGCAGGCUAUGCAGCUCGCUUUCUUUUGUGAUAGCAUGCAAGCCAUGAGUGUCGAAGACAAUAAGACGGUGGUCGUGGUGCAGCUCAAGCGUCCUCACGGCUAGAUUUCAUCGUGUUUAAAGAUUCUAACUGGGGUUUUGCA